ACAAGUUAUAAGUUGUAAGAUAUUGAUCAAUCACAGGCAAACUACAGAAAAAUUUAUCGAUUGUGAUUGAUCAAUUUCGUAAUUUUUCUAUAAUUUGUCUGUGAGUGGUCAAUUUCUUAUGGCUUAAAGCUUACUACAUCUAUUGUAGAUCCGGGCUUAUUAGUUUCUGCUCAUGUCGUAUCAAUUAUGCUCAUGUCGUUUUGAUUUGCUCGUGUUAUUCUCUUUAUGUUUUUUAAACUAUUUUUGUAACUUAAUAUUCUAAAAAAGUUUGCAAGAAGUAACAUCGUUUCCUUGCAAACCAUACACUCCUUUGCCUACAAAAUGGCUACUAGUUUGAAAGUCAUAUCUGGAAAAAAAAGGAUCGCUUCUUUACGUUCAUGAUGAUUAUAUUUAUACCAAGGAUAAUCGUAAUGACUAUAUUUUUCGAUGCAAUACACGCCGGACAACCAAAUGUCGAGGUGCAAUAAGCAUUAGAGAUGAUAAUGUAGAAAUUUUAGAAACGCAUAAUCAUGCAAAAUCACCAUUCAUCGUAUUGCAACAUCAAAUGAAAGAAGAAAUGUUGAAACUCUCUCGCGAGACUUGUCAGGAUCUAAAGGAAAUAUUUGAUUCAGUAUGUAGAAGUAAUCCAAGUGUUGGGCAAUAUUUGAGUUUUCCAUCUAUAAAAUGUUCUAUGCAUCGUGAACGCGUUAAAGUCAGACCAGUUGUACCCGAGACAUUGGCAUCAUUACGUGAUAUUAUCGAAAAUUCUGAUGUAAUAAAAAAUAUCUAUCAAGGGAGUGUAACUUCAAGUAAUGGCAAAGUUCUUCCUCGCACACCACACAUUGCACAACUUUAUUCAGUACAUAUACGAUAUAUGGAUACGGGCAUUGCAACUUUAUUUAUAUUGUGAUGCACGUACAACAACUUUUUAUGAUGCUUUAUGGCACAAAAUUAAGCAGCUGGUACCGCAGCUUGAACAAAAUAUUGAAUUUAUAAUAAGUGAUUAUGAAAUGGCUACAAUUAAGUCACUGAGUAAUAAGUUUCCCAAAGCGAAAUUAAGUGGAUGUUGGUUUUAUUUUAAUCAGGCUGUAUUGCGUAAAUGGCAAAAAUUAGAGCUUUCUCCACAAACUAUACUUUUAAUGACAAUAACAUUGCCUUUGCUACCAGCAGAUAUGUUUCACGAAGCCUUGCUUAUUAUACAAGCUGAAGCUGACUUACUUUCUCGUGAGCAUCCAAAUGUCUUACAAUUUAUGUCUUAUUUGAGACUUACCUGGUUACAUAUGGCGUCAAAAAUUAGCACUUAUGGCUGUCCCAUCCGCACUAACAAUAUAGUGGAAAGUUUUCACAACAUUGCAACGCAGAAAUUAGGCACAAGGAACAUAAAUAUUCGGACAUUUUUAGAAAAAUUUAAAAAUUUAAUUGCUGAUCAAGAAUUGGAUCUUCGACGCUUGAAAAACGAUAUUCAACCCCGGCGAACCCAUACACGGACAAAUAGAGAGCGUAAUACGAAAAAUAUAAAUGCGCAAAAAAACUUAAUUGAAAAAAGGUUGCCAUUAAAGCAAUUUUUAUUGAUGUUUAACAGAAGGAAUGAUAUUUUUCAAAUUGAACAAUUGGCAUCAUUUGAUGCGUUGUCAUGUGACGAACAAGUUGCAGACAGGACAUUCUUUGCGGAUGACUUUAACGUAUCUAUCCAAACAGAGAAGAUUAACAUUAGAAGACGCAGAUCUCAAUGCAGAAAUAGGAUUAUAUUAUCUAAUUCAAGAGAAAAAGACAAUAACUUAGAAGCAAACACAGAAAAGGACACAGAAUCUGAAUGCAAUGAUAGCAGAGUGACAGCAUCUACACAGGAAACGAUUUCGGCAGAACAAAACGAAACAUUAGAAACAUUAUCCAAUAUAAUUAUUUUCGAGAAUGUUCUCAGCAAUUCACAAGAUGAUGAAUCAAUAUACGAGGUGCUGGAUGAUGAUUAUGGAUAUUAGUAUUUGGAUAACAGUAAUGUUUCUGAAGAACAUCCAUUCCAUAUUGUAAAUUGGGAUCUUCAAAACUGUCAGAAUAUGUGAAGAGAGAAGUCUUCCGAAGAUAUUUGCACGCUGUAUUUUACCAAUGAGCGAACACAUAUUUUUGUACCCUGUGGUCAUUCUGCCUGUUGCACUGAAUGCAUCGGACGUUUGGAACAUAAGCGAUGUCCAGUGUGCAAUACUACUUAUGAAAAAUAUUUUAGAGUUCAAAAACCAUAAAAAGCUGUUCAAGCAAUCUUUUCUCGUUAAGACAAGCUGCAAUCUGAAAA